AUGUUUUGUCGUUCAAAGACUAUACCAGUUAAGCGCUUGCAAUUUUUCCGAUCAUUUGCAACACGCUCAUCAUUUGAUUCACCUUUCGACCAUCUCCCUAAAUUGAAUAACCGUUCAUGGUUUAAUUGGAAAACAACUACAGCCUUUUUCUUACUAGGCUCCUACUUAGCAUAUAAUGAAACUUUAUUUAACUAUUAUGAGAAAUACACUGAAAUAGAUGAAAAAGAUCCUAAUAUCAAGAUUUUACCCAUGCAAUUGGAAUAUAAGUUGAAGAACUUGCCCAUAUAUCAACAAUUAGCCCACCCCAAAAAUUCACAUCAAUGGUAUAAAUUACAAAGUUGGGAAAAUCUCGAUAGAAACAUUUUAGAUAAUCAAACCCAAGUUAAAAAGCAAGAUGAGUAUCAAGAGCCAACUUUAACCAAUCAAACAUUGAAUAAACCCGGAGGGAUUUUGAUAAAACCAGUCAUCUUUCACAAUAUAGAAACAGAUGAAGGGGUUCAUAUUGUACAUGCUGGAUAUAGGUUAUGUGGAUAUCCAUUUAUCAUCCAUGGUGGAAUAAUUGCCACAUUAUUGAAUGAAACUUUUAAAAGAAAUGCAUCUUUAUCGAAAUAUACUACAUCAAAUUUGAAAGAUGAUUUCAAAGUUGAGAAUUUGACAAUUAAUUACAGACGUCCAACUUUAGCUAACCAAUUUUUGAUUGUUAAAACGAAAAAGAAGGAAAGUCCUGAAAAUGACAACAGAACAAUAGUCUUGGAAAGUGUUAUCGAAGAUUCAAAAGGUAAGGUGUUAGUUAAAAGUGAGGCGUUAUUGCACGAUACAGGAAGAGCAACAAAUAGGAUUAAAGAAAAUGAAAAAUCAAAGAAAUCAUGGUGGUAG